AUGAAUGGCGAGAUGAUUGAGAACGCCAUCAGGAGUGGGAAGAUCGAUGCGGGAGAGAGUAACAGAAGAUUGGCUCCGAAGAGGAAGGAAAACGAGGUGAACAACGCGAGCAUGUACAACAAGGGUUACUCGAAGUCAGUAACAGUGAGUCAGCCAGGAAAAGUGGCUGCCAAUCAGCAAAGCUCGUCGAGACAAGAGGUCGGUACAAGGCGAAAUACUGAGAGGCUCCAAUUCACGCCAAUUCUUAUGUCGUACAAGGAACUAUACCGAAACUUAUUUGACACACACGUAGUUUCCCCUUUCUAUCUGAAGCCCUUGCAACCCCCGUAUCCCAAAUGGUACAAUGUGAAUGCACAGUACGACUAUCAUGUGGGGACAACAGGGCAUUCCAUAGAAAACUGUACGGCUUUUAAGAGGUUGGUUGAAAGGCUUAUUGGUAUGAGUGUCGUUAAAUUUGAUGACUCGACCAAGGUAGAAAAUCUGUUACCGAACCACACUGACAAUGAGGUAAAUAUGAUGGGCGAAGACAGAAGAAUCAAGGCAGACAUUGCGGAUGUGAAAACUCCUUUGAGAUGGGUCUGGAAAGAGAUGGUGAAAAGGGGACUAGUCGUCUCAAAAGGAAGCUGUGAAAAGACGGGGAACUACUGUGAGUUCCACCAUGAAGUGGGGCAUGAAAUUCAAGAGUGUACGGAGUUCAGAGCUAUGUUACAAGGCAUGAUGGAUAAUAGGGAGAUGAAAUUCUAUGAAAGGGUUCAAGAGGAGAACCAUGUAUGCGCGUCAGAGUUGGCAUUGAGAGUUCCGAAGGCUAACCAUCCUGUGGAUAAUAGGAAGGUUCCUUGGAAUUACGAUUGUAAUAUGACAAUCCCGGGGAAGGAGGAUAUAAUCAGUAAAGAGGAUCAGGAUGAAAAAAGGCGCUGCGAACAGAUGAAAGAUCGAGUAGAGCCAAUAAGAGAAGAAACUUCGGUUGGAAGGAAGAAGAAGGCGGUCGAGCCUGAAUUAUUGGUCAAUGAACCAAUCAAAAAGGAGGAAGAUAGAGAGUUCUUGAAGUUCAUAAAGCAUAGCGAGUCUGGCGUUGUGGAGCAAUUUGCACAAACAACCAACUCGCAUAUCAUGCUAGCUUUACUCCCGAACUCGGAGGGACAUCGAAAUGCACUCUUGAAGGUGCUAAAUGAAACUUAUGUGGUAAGCGAUAUCUCUCAUUAA